AUGGCUCCAUCUAAGAAGGUCGCUCCAGCUCCAUUGGCUGCUAAGUCUGCUAAGUCUGCUAAGGCUAAGAACCCAUUGACCAACUCCACUCCAAAGAACUUUGGUAUCGGUCAAUCCAUUCAGCCAAAGAAGAACUUGUCCAGAUAUGUCAAGUGGCCAGAGUACGUUAGAUUGCAAAGACAAAAGAAGAUUUUGUCUUUGAGAUUGAAGGUUCCUCCUUCCAUCGCUCAAUUCCAACAAACUUUGGACAGAAACACUGCUGCUGAGACUUUCAAGUUGUUCAACAAGUACAGACCAGAAACUGCUGCUGAGAAGAAGGAAAGAUUGACCAAGGAAGCUGCCGCUAUUGCCGAAGGUAAGACUAGACAAGAAGCCUCUCCAAAGCCAUACGUUGUCAAGUUCGGUUUGAACCACGUUGUCUCCUUGAUUGAAAACAAGAAGGCUAAGUUGGUUUUGAUCGCUAACGACGUUGACCCAAUUGAAUUGGUCGUUUUCUUGCCAGCUUUGUGUAAGAAGAUGGGUGUUCCAUACGCUAUUGUGAAGGGUAAGGCUAGAUUGGGUACUUUGGUUAACCAAAAGACCUCUGCCGUUGCUGCUUUGACUGAAGUCAGAGAGGAAGACGAAGCCGCUUUGGCCAAGCUUGUUUCUACUGUCAACGCCAACUACUUGGAAAAGUACGAGGAAACUAAGAAGCACUGGGGUGGUGGUAUCUUGGGUAACAAGGCCGUCGCUAAGCAAGCUAAGAAGGAUAAGGCUGCUGCAUCUGCCUAA